CCCACACUCCUCUAUCUUCUCCCCUCCUUUCUGCUUCAAAGAACUCAUCAAUGGCGAUCAGAAAAUCAUCCAAGCUCCCUCAGACCCCAGUUCUGAAGCAAAUCCUCAAGCGAUGCUCGAGUCUAGGCAAGAAGCACGGCGGCUACGACGAAGACGGACUCCCUCUCGACGUACCGAAAGGCCACUGCGCCGUUUACGUCGGCGAAAAAAGGAGCAGGUACAUUGUGCCCAUCUCGUUCUUGACUCACCCCGAGUUCCAGUGCUUGCUCCGACAAGCCGAGGAAGAGUUCGGGUUCGACCACGACAUGGGUCUCACUAUCCCUUGUGAAGAAGUCGUUUUUCGCUCUCUCACUUCCAUGCUUAGAUGAACAGCAACAAAAACAAACAAUUGAUUUGUUAGGUGAAGGGAUGUGGGUUGUCUUUUGGAGAAGAUGAAGAUGGCUGAGAGAAGCAUAUGUAGCAGCAUUGUAUGGCGCUAUGCUUUUCUUUUCCUUUUUUUUAAACAUCGAUUCUUCUGGGAUUUUCUUUUUAUUUUCUACUAUUUUGAACCCAUUAAUCUGGGUUUUUCUUCUUCUUCUUCUUCUUCUUAUGUGACUCUAACUUAGCCCAAGAACUAUGAAGUUUUUUUCUUUCUUUUUUCUGGGUUUAAUAAGCUGU